CCGAGGCCAGGAAGAGUAUAUAAACUUGGGCGUUGUGGCUCAAAGCAUCAUUCGACCGAAGUUCCUUGACGUGGAAACUUUUCUCGUUCACAACAAAAUGAUGACCAAGUUCGUAUUUGCCGUCCUAGUGGCCCUUGUUGUUCUCGGCGCCGUUCAGGCUGCUCCCGGAGUCUUCGGAGGCUACGGUGGUGGCUACGGUGGAGGAUACGGUGGAGGAUACGGUGGAGGCUACGGCGGAGGCUAUGGAUUCGGAGGCGGAUACGGAGGAGGUUUUGGCCGUGGCUUCGGAGGUUUCGGAUACGGAGGUUCUCGUGGAUUUGGUGGCUACGGUGGUGGUUACGGCUACGGCAAAUAAAUUUGGUAAUCUUAAUCUACAGUCGCUAGGAAUAUUAAAUUUCUGAGGUGUUAUGUGGUAAUAAACUGAAAAAGUUA